GUCUAUUGAUUUCAUCUGCAACAGUUUUUUUUAAAUAGAAAUAUAAAGAGGUGGAUGAAAAAGCCAAAGCAGCCCUACAGCUUUAGCUUUAAAGCAAGCAUGUCCACUAAACGUCUGUCUAAUAGCGCUAAACCUGGGAAAAGCGCUAAAAAGGAGAAACGAUGUGAAACCGCCAUUAUCAAUUCUGACUUAGACAAUGAUGCCAUCCGGAAUGGAAUAAAAGAUGCAUGGAAAAACAGGACGAGUUUCUUUCAGGGCAGUGUACACUUGGCGUGUGAGCCGUUCCCUCACUGUAAGAUUGAUCAUUUUCUUCAGAACGAAAGAUUUGCAGAGAGCUUGCGGGAUGAGCUACUACAGCUUAAUUUUCACAGAAAAUCUAAUGACCUAUACAAAUUCCAGCAGUCUGAUGAUCUGAAGAACAGGAAAGAUCACCACAUUUCUGAGAUAAGAUCCCUUAUUUUUGAACAGUUUCGCUCAUGGCUGGGUGAGCUCUUAGAAGUGGAUUUAGAGCCAACUGUGGAUAUAUCAUGUGCUAAAUAUGAGCACACAGAUGUGUUGCUGUGUCAUGAUGAUGAGCUUGAAGGGCGAAGGGUUGCAUUUAUCUUUUAUUUGUUGCCUUCAUGGGACAUGAGUGAUGGAGGGACACUAGAUUUGUUCAGUACAGAUGAACAUUAUCAGCCUGUAAGUGUAAUAAAGUCUCUGGUGCCCUGUUGGAACACACUGAUGUUUUUUGAAGUAUCUCCUGUCUCAUUCCAUCAGGUUUCAGAAGUUCUUGCUGAAGACAAGUGUCGUUUGUCCCUGAGUGGCUGGUUCCAUGGGCCCUCCCUGCCGAGACCUCCUCGAUACAUAGAGCCUUUAAUCCCACGUCACACACAUAUCCCUAGAAAUGAAGAUAUAUUAUUUGAGUGGGUGAAUGAGACAUACAUGGACCCCCUGUAUCAAGCACAAGUGCAGCAGGAGUUUGAGAACAGUUCAGAAAUACGCUUACCUAACUUUCUGGUGGAGGAUAAAUUUAAACAAGUAAGCAAGGCUUUACAAUUGACUGAACUUCAGUGGGAGAGAAAAGGACCACCCAAUAAGAGGAGCUAUACAAGUGCAAAGCUGGAGAGCCUGCCUUCAUGUCUAAAGGAAUGCUGGGAACUGCUGUCCUCCGAGCCAUUUUUCCUCCUGCUUUCUAACCUGACAGGUCUGUCCCUUCAUUAUCUUGCUGCAAAAGAUGAGGACAGUGAGACUGAAAGCCAUUGUGAAGAAAGUGAUGCAGAGAAGGGAGAAGGGAAGAGAAAUGACACAGAUGGUCAAAGCACUAGUACAGUUUCCUCCUUAACUACGGAAAACAACAAAGGCCCUCCUAUGUGUGUUGGUGAGCUCCAGUGCUGGACUCAUGGUGAUUACACACUGCUGCAUGACUCAGUAAAAAGGGAGUUUGCACUAGACUUGCUUCUUCAUCUGAACUGCAGAGGGUGGAAUGUGGAGGUUGGAGGCUUUACAUCCUAUAUUGCACAUGAUGAAGAUGAUGAGCUCCUGACUGUAUACCCUGAGGAGAAUUCUUUGGCUCUUGUCUACAGAGACAUGGAAACACUCAAGUUCAUUAAACAUAUCAAUCACAGUAGUGUUUCGAAAGACCCUGAUCAGAAAGACACAGCAUUUUAUGACUUCUCUUUUACCUACUAUGAAUAAUACGUACCUAAUAUAAAUUUGAAAACAAAUAUUAAAAAGGACACUCAUGUAUGACUUUUACAUGACUUAAGACCAAUUGCAUGCCUGGUUAAAAAGUGUUAAAUGUAUUAUCACCUGAACAGGUUACAGAACACAGUUUCCAUUGUUGAUUAAGGGGGUAAUCAGCAUAGCCAAAAUCCUCAAUCAUAAUUAUAUGUAAUUCUAUAUCAUAUCAGUAUACAUCAUAAUAUUGUGCUUUUUCUGCUUAAGGUCAGAUUUAUAAAAAAAUGAAAAGAAAAAAUAAACAUAUUCACAACACA